UUUUUAGAAACAAUUAUAAUGCUUUAGAACUAUGGCUGAAGUGGAUAUACCAGUUUUUAAGGAAGGCACUGAAUAUGAAAGUUGGAGAAGUGAGGUAUUAAAAUGGCAACUGUUUACAACUAUGGAACCUAGGAGGCAGGCUCUAGCUGUUCGAGCAAAACUUGGAGGGUCUUUGCGUGAUUGUGCACUUAUGAUUGAUGCAGGAGAACUAUUUUGUGAUGAUGGUCUUGGUGUUCUUAUUGGGAAACUUGAUAAAGAAUUUAGAGUAAAAAAAAGUUCUACAAACAGAAUUCUAGAUGAAGAUACAAAUUAUUUAUUGAAAAGUAUAUGGGUAGCUGACAGUUCAUCAGAUGAUAAUUAUACUCAUUCUUCAAAAGUUUCAUCUGAUUCAAGAUCUAAAACACGAAGAAGUAGGUUUGAUGUUGUUCCAUCUAAAGAAUCAUCUCCAAUACGCAGCAGUCGUAGUCGAUUUGAUUACAAAAGUAAUUCACCAGUAGAACAUAAAAGUCGAUUUGACCAAAAGUUUGAUGAUGAACGAGAAAGUAAUCAAUAUGAUCAAAGUUUCGAAGACGAUCGACGAGGAUGUAAUCAACAUAAUCAAAGAAAAGAAACUGAGGAGUUAAGUGCAGCUGAAAAAGCAAGGCAAAGAGCAGCUCAGCUUUCAGCAAAGCUUGUUGCAGAAGGAAAAUACCAAACAAAGCCAACAUCUUUACUGCCAAGUUCUGUAUGGAGUCCUGCAGAACAAAUUAGAAGAAAUAAUUCAAUUGAAAUGCAGGGUCCAAAGGUUCCUUUAAUCAAUGCUACUCAGACAAGAAGUAUUCCUGAAGUAAAAAAAAUGGAUAAUGGAGGGUAUUAUGCAGAGUUUGACAUAAAUGAUAUUUCAGCAAGAGUUUUUUUAACAAAGUCUUCAUCUCAAGAUUUGAUUGGGCGUCAAAGCGGUGCAUUGUUGUCUUUGCGUGGUCGAUAUUUAAGUGCAGAUGAUAAAAGAAAACUUAAUUUAUUUGGCACAUCUGAAAAACCUUUAACACUGAUGAUUCAUGCUGAUGUAGCUGCAAAAGUGCAAGUUGCUGUUCACAAAGUACAACAAGUUAUUGACAAUUGUGAGAAGCAUGGUUACAAUGGGCUGGCUAGCAAUUAUGGAUUAACUGCAUCUGUUCAACAAACUACUCAUCAUUUUAUUCAAGAUAAAGUUUUUGUUGGACUUACGAAUGUUCAUCCUGAUUUUCCAUUGAACGAAAGAAUAACAGGAGUUGAUAAUUCAAAUUUUAACUUUAUCAUCCAACAAACAAGUGCAAAGGUAUUCCUUCGUGGUCAAGGUUCAGGUUAUUUGGAGCAAAAUUCUGGAAAAGAAUCAUUUGAAGCCUUACAUAUAUACAUCAGUCAUACCCAGAAGGAAGGUCUUAAUACUACUAGAUCGUUGUGUAGCAGUUUAAUCGAUACUGUUAAGCGAGAUUACAACGAAUGGCAACAUCUUCGGUCCAUAAACCAACCUACAGUUGUAAAACAUUCGCAAAUGUCGGAAGUAUUACCUUGGGAUGUAGCAUCAUCAAAACAAUCUCUAAUUUAUCAACAGCAGUUUCAAAGCUAUCCUCCUAAUAAUAGCUAUCCUCUUCAAAACUCUCUUCAAAAUCCACUUCAAAGCUCUUUGCAAUCAACUGCAUAUCAACCAAGUGUUUAUAAUAUGCUAGGUUUUAAUUCUACUCCAGAUAAAAAUGUAGAAAAUGAAGAGAAAGAGAAAGAAAACAAAGAUAAAAGUAGUCAUUCAAGUAGUCAAAAUCGAAGUCCUCGCCAUCGUAGGAGAAGUAAGAGUCGAAGUCGCAGCCCAAAAAAAAAUCAGGAAAUAAACAAGAAGUCAAGCCCUGAUAAAUCAUCAUCGCCUCCAAAAUCUAAAAGAAAGUUCACUGAAGAGCCUAAAAAGAAAAGAAAAUUUUCUGAAGAUCCACAAGUUAUUCAAAAAUAUAAGGAAAAUAACAGCACUCCUAAACUUCAAUUUCGUUCUGCAAAAAAAGAAAAUGGAAAUAAAGUCGACACAGUUAUGCCUCCACCUGUUCUUCCACCUCCAUCGGCUCUUCCACCUCCAUCAACUGUACCAGCUAAAAUAGCUCGAAAUAAAUCAAACGAUACAUCAAAAACCUCUGAUGUAUUCAAAGUUCCACCUCCAAUUAAUACCUUGAGCGUAACACCAAAGGCAUUAAAGAUGGGAGCUCUUAGUACAAUUGCUAUAUAUUCAGAUGACUCAGAUGAUGAAACUUGAUUAUUGAAAAUACUAAUGUGCAAAAGAUGUCAAUUUUUAAUAAUUCGUCAUGUGUUAAGGAUCCUUGUUACGGAUCAUUGUGAAAAUUUUUUAGUAAAGUUUGAGUGAUGUCAUUGGCUCAUUAAGUGAUAUGUAAACAUUGCUACCGCUAAUAUUUUUGAAUGAUUGUUGUUUUGCUUACACUUUCUUUCUUAAAGUAUAAACUUUUUAAAAAAAUUAUUGA